AUGUUUAUCACAUCAAAUUUAAAUUAUGUGAUUCCAAGCAUUCUUAAAAGAACUAAAGGUUCUAAUGUUUCAACGAUUGCUUCACAACCAACUCAACAACCAUAUACAGAGUCCAUAAUUAUAAAACCUUUUGUUAACCUUCCAAUUAACGAUCCAAUAUAUUCAAAACAAUAUCUUAUUACAAAAUCAAAUCAAUUAUAUAAUUGUUUAAAACUUUAUCUUAAUGGAAAAAUUAAUAAAAAUAUGCUUGCAAAAAAGUUCAUUGAUCUAAAUAAAUAUUAUGCAAGCGGUGAAUUGGAAGCUAUAGAGGAACUUGUUACCCCUGAAUUUUAUCGUGUCAUAAAAAGAAAUUUAUUAAAUCGACAUCUAGGAACAUAUUAUUGGAAUGUCUAUGACCAAAUAGAACCUAAAGUUGAAUGCAUUCGUGCUGCAUCUAUAGUACUGGAUUCUAAAACAUCCUUAUAUACUCAAGUAAUAUUAAGCAUUGAAAUUGAUGAGAAUUUAGUAGUAUUUGAUAUAUUUGGAAAUAUACUUGCAGGAAAUAAAAAUUACAGUCAAAAGACUACAAGAUAUGUUGUGUAUAAUUAUAAUACAAGAGACAGACCAAAUCAAUGGAUAAUAGCAGGAACUUAUGAGCCUAAAAAAAUAACUAAAAGUUUUUUUAAAGAAACUGGUUUAUGGAUGUUAAGCUUAACAAGGGAAAGAUUUAAAAAUUAUUUGAAAAAUAUGAAAAAUAAAUAUUUGUAA